CUUGAGAGCAAAAUGGCGCAUACUCGCAUAUUCGCGGGGGUUUCAAUUUUGGAAAAGCUAAGGUGUUAAAUGAGAUGUCUAGGCUCACACAACAAAGCAGCGAUGAUAAUCGCUAUAUUCUAGUGGCCAAGCUGGACAACGCGCGUAACCUUCUGAAUGUUCUGAAAGCUGUAUAUUUCAAAGAGGUACGUGAAUGUUAUAACAGAGUUGACAUAGAUAUGCCAUAGAUCAAGCCCUUUGAAUCUUGAGAGUGAUUAGUUUGUAAAUUCUCCUCAAAAUUUUGAAUACGUGUUGAACAGAUAGGUAAUGAGAAGAUAUGACAUUAUCAACCAGGAAAUAAGGUAUUUCUUGAAUGUAUAAAUAUCAAGACAAAGAAAUGUCUGGUAAUGGUUGAGACAAUCAGCUCUCAGAUCUUUUUUUUUACCCUAUACCAGUCAGUCUAGGGCACUAUCCAUUACUCCUCUGUGGUUGACCCACAGAUUUUUGGAGUGAAAGGCUAAUAAUGCAACUGACUCUGACUCGGAACAUUUUUUUUUUUUUAACAACAUGAGAUAACUCACAGAGCUACUACUUAUUAUAGAAAGCAUGAUUCUCUUUUGAGCCUGAAAAUCUGUUUUCAUUCUCUCGGAUUACUACUCAAUAAUUUAAAAAAAAUAUAGCUGCAGCUAUGAAAAGGAGAUUAUGAGACAGUCUGUUACAAAAUACCUGUUUUCAAUUUUUUUUUCUGUAUUGUACUACAGUCAGCAACAUGUUUUGUGAGUAGCAAUGGUAUCAAGGUCACUGUUGAGGAUGCGAAGUGUGUACAGGCCAAUGCCUUUGUGCAAAGGGGAAUCUUCCAGGAGUUUGUUUUCAAAGAAGAGAGUGCCACUUUCCGGAUAAACCUCAACAUUUUACUGGUAAUAGAAGUAAAUUUAUGCUGCUUAAAACUAUAUUCCUCUACAUUUUUUCUUCUUGAAUGAAGCCUCCUGCUGUUUUAAUAUUACAGGGGUAACAAAAUAGGUGAGGAUUACACACAUGCAGUAGCUUGUUAGCCCUUUAACUCCCAGAUCUGAUUGUCAAUUCUCCCCUCUAGCUGCUAAACAUUCCCUGGAAAAUUAGUUAUAAGAAUUUGGUGUUAAAUCAAGAUAACAACUUCUUCCUGAUAACUUUGAGUAUUCUCAUUACCUGUUUGUGGAUGAUGUAAGGAUAUCAUAGGGAGAAGUUAAAUGUUAAUCACUGCCACUUUAUUGCUGACCCCAUGACUGGAAACGAUGGUAUGGUAAAGUAUCUUACCCACCAGAAGCUCCAUCCUGCCAGAGUUCAAUCCUGUUUCAGAUGCAUUCAGUGAACAAGAAUGUUGUUACCCCUUCUCCUCCCCCUUCCUGCUGAACUAGAGGCCUGUUUAAUGCAAGGCCACCCUCACCAUUUCACAAGUUCCUAACAUGGCUUUAUACCAAAAUUCAUAAAUUGAUCUCAUUUUCUGGUACCUCUACAUUUUGUCAGGGUCCUGCCACACCUGUUGUAUAUGAUUUUUAUGAAAAAGUGACUAAUAAUAAUGACGAUUCUUAAUACCUUAGAUGAAGACGAUUGGAUCUUUUACAUUAUAUAGAAAAACCUGUGCUUAUGAAAAUUGUCUUCUACAAUUAUGAAAUUAAUUUAUUCUUGUAACCAGGAAUGUCUCAAUAUCUUUGGCUCCUCCAAAGAUACGAGAACUUGUACAGCAAUGAAGAUGUGUUAUGCAGGAUAUGGCUCACCACUUAUUCUCACGUGAGUAUUUAGAGAGGUUUUCAGUGGUCUUCAUCAUGCUUCUCCUUCAAGGAGAGAUCCACAGGGGAGAGGUAGCAUACAAUAGCUAUAGUACACUUUACUGCAACCCACUGAUUCUUUUUUACCCCUUGAGGUUUCAAUUCUUGGUUGAAAUAGUAACAGGGGUUUGUAAAAUUUAUUCAUGUCUUAUUCAAUGUACCAUACCUGUAUUUAUCAAUGUAUUUGUUUGUUAUCUGAAAUUUUACUUUUGGCUGUAUGUUACAGGUUGGAGGAAGGUGGCAUCCUGACAGAUUGCAGCAUUCAGACCCAAGAGCCUGAUGAAACAUUGGAUUUUGAUUUUAGCGGUGCAGAUGUUCUGAACAAGAUUAUUAUGAAAGUAAGAAAAGAUAACAUUUCUUAUACAGAAAGUUUUUUGAAGCAACUAACUGGCCCUUUUUUGUUCAGUAGAAUCUUUGUUUCAAUUUGAAGUAUGUCUGCCAUUAGCUUGUCAGAAACAACUUUGCAAGGCCUUAGCUUAAAUAUUGCACUACUUAUUUUUAAAAUAGCUGAUAAAAUUUAUAUAAAAAUGUAUUUUUGCAUAUUUUAGUCUGAAUGUUUGAAGGAGGCUUUCAGUGAACUAGACAUGACAAGUGAAGUGCUGCAAAUUCUGAUGUCACCAGAUAACCCUUACUUUAGACUGUCAACCUUUGGAUAUGCAGGAAGUACCCAUGUAAGGUUUGAUGAUCUUAGUCUAAGCAUGUCAUAUUCAGUGUUCACACCACAACAAGGGGUACUAUCAUAGAUUCCCUUUUAGAAAGUGUAUCUGUUAAAUGAUCACCAACCUGAGAAGCUUUGAUUGUUAAAUGAAAUCUACAUGUCAGUACUAAAGAAAAUGUAUAAAAAAAGUAAAGCCCUGGUUGUAUGAAGGGUAGAUAACACCAUCCCUUGGAUAACUUUCUAUCUGGUGGAUGGCACCAUUCACUUGGCUAACACUUAUCUGUCAGAUGUCAAAUAGUGAGUUAUCCAUCACAUAGCAUUAUCUGCCCUUUGAGCAACUAGGGCCAGGAUGCCAAAUUAUCCCAAGGUGCUUUUCAGUUGAUAUAUAAUAUAUGCAGUUCUCUCGACUAAAUUAUCCUUGUCAGUACCAAAGGAAGUGUAUAAAGAAAAGUAUGGAAAAUAUUGAUUCUGAAGCUUGGGUGUAAAGGCCCCCCCUAAACAGGUCGUGAAAAUGAAAUAAUCACCUAGGAUAUGAUUUUGAUAGAACACCACUUAGUUUGUCUUUUUAACAAGCAAAUGCCUGACAACUAGAAAGGACAGUUGCUGAAUUUGAUCUUGGAAAAUGUUUAACUUUCACUCUGUAGAUAGCAGAGAAAAAAUACUAUUCUACUGAGAGAUGAAGGGCAGUGAACAGUUAGGUCAACAAGACUGUCAUAGUUUUCAUUGUGUCUUCUUCAAGAAUAGAAUAGAAAUUACUAAAUGUGAAAACUGACUUUAUCUUACAGUCAGAUUUUCCAAAAGAUUCUGAUAUGGUGGAGUCAUUUGAAUGUCAACAAACACAAACAAACAGGUGUGUGAAAAAAGCAAAAAAAAAUAAUUGUAUUUAAUCACAUGCAAGUAUCAAUGCAGAAAAUAAAAAAUGUCUGUCUCAAAUUGGCUGACUCAGAGGUACGUUUGUCUUCAUAUGAGACCAAAAUUUGGUUCACUUUACUAUGUCCUCACUUAGCUUUAAUUUGCUUAUCUUAAGAACUUAAGUAUCUCAUGAUGGUAAAGAGAUAUUUUGAAAAAAGUUUUUCUUGCCAUAAAAAGAUAACUACUUGUUAGUGUUUGAAAUUGCUUAGAUUGAAUAGAUGUGUACAAACCUUAAAGUAACUACAUUAUUUUUGACACUGAAAUGUGAGUUAAAGUCUCUCUGUGUUUAUAGAUAUAGGAUCAGCCUUUUGAAACCUUCUACCAAGGCACUGCAGCUUUCAAGCAAAAUCUCCAUUAGAAUGGAUGGAAGAGGUUUUCUCUCUAUGCAGUAUAUGAUUGUAAAUGAAGAUGGGCAGGUCUGCUUUGUGGAAUACUUGGUUGGUUUCUGUCUGUAAAUUAUGUAAUUUCAGCUUAACAUUAGCACUACAGUUUUAUUGGAUUGCAUUUAGAGGAUUGUCUCCACAAAUUGUUCAUACACAUUAUUUUAACACAUUUUCUUGGACCUCCUACUUUGAUAAUGGCCCUUAUUAACCCUUUAAUUCUCAAGAUUUCAUUGGUAAUUCUCCUUACUGUCUGCCAUACAGUUAGUUUGGAGAAUUUUGAAUUGGAUCAACCAAUAAUACCCUAAUUGACAUUUUUUUAUCUCUGGUUACUUGUCUGCCUGAUAUCCUACUUAUGGUUUAAGGAGAAAUUCUGUUAAGGUCAUUAGUGGGACUUAAAGGGUUAAUAAAAUUCACACUUUAGAUGGUGCAGUACUCUCUCAACCUGUUUUACUUAUAAUGACCCCCAAGUCAGAGUGAACAGCAUCUAAUUUCUCCUUACAAUAUGACCACUGAAUCAAACAGUAAGCUUACAAGAAUAAAGGAAAUGGUCACAAACUAAAGAGGCUCUUGAAUGUUAAAGAAGUUCUCUUUCUAAACACAUUAGGAAAUGUGUAGAGAACAUUAUGGAUAACAUGCAUACUGAUGUUAGGGUGUAAGAGAGUAGUAAGAGGAAAAAUGUUGUUGGUGAUGUAGCUAUGAAUGUUUUUUCAUUCUCACUCUCAAAUGUUAUUAUAGAUAUUGCUUAUUUAAACUGAAAAAGGCAAUAAUUGUUAGCUUUUGUAGCCCACAUAACAAAUUACUAUGUUUUUUGAUAGAUGCUGACAUCCACAUCAUUUUCAGUAUAUAUAUCUCUCCAUAGUGUGCUCCAGAUGAAGAAGUUGAUGAAGAAGAUGAAGAUGAACUGCAUUGAACAACUGCAAGAAGUCAUCAUACACAAGACAGUUGUGAAAGUCAAUCAGCCUUGCCCAAAAGUUGUUAACAAUGUUAAAAAUUUAAACGGCCAAAAAAAGAUAAUAUGUACCAAUCAACUGAGUGGGAGGGCUGGAUGGGAAAGUUUGGCUAUCUAAAAAAGAAAGACAAACAAACAAUUGGAUCAAAAUCCUUCAAACACAAGCCAGGAACAUAACCUUUCAAACCCUCUGGAACAACAUUUGUUCAUGAAAAGUGCUGUUACUAUGAGGUGAAAUUCCAGAAUACUGAACAUCAUUUUCAAGCUAUCAACAUUUUAUUGGUUUGUGAUCAAGGUAAAUGAUGAUGAAUGUACAUAGUCUAGACGGUCAACUGCUUGUUAUUAAAUGUGUCUAUCAUGUACCUUUAUUUUGUAACUACAGUAUUAACUGUACCAUUAAGUUUUGAGUUUUUCAAUGUUGCAGACCUUACAAUUAAAAAUGAUUGAAUGUACAGAUAAAAAGAUUUUUUAAAUAAAAU